AUGGAAAUGUUCACGUGUGUCAAAUGUGAAGAAUCAUUAAUUCUAACAUCACAAUACCUUCAAGAUAAAAAUCAUUUACUUCUAUUACAUAAAACAUACGGCGAUAGUAAAAUUAUUGAAGGGCUUAAAAAUCCAUCAAAACUAAUGAUAUGUAUCACAAAAACCUGUUUGGAUAUUUUUAACAAACAUUUUAAUGAAAUUAAACAUGAAAAAAAAAUUGUAUCUCAAUUAAUGGACAAAACCAAAACUCAUUUUAAAAACAACAUACUUACUACAGCUCAAUCAUGCUACGAACACUACAUUUAUAUGAUGGAAUUACUGUACACAGUUAAGAUAUUUAAAGAAUGCAAAUGGACAAAUUCUGAUUUACACAACAAAGCAGUUCAACAUGUGGCAAAAUUGCGGAUUUUACAACACAAUUAA